CGCACGCCUUCUUAAGACUGAUACAGCGAUACUAAUCAUACUAUCAAAGUAUCAAUACUACUAUUAUUUGUUCAGUACUACUAUCAUUUUCACAUUUCCAGUAACAUCAUAUCUCCCAUGGCUUCUUUCAUCAACUCGGAUCAGGAUGAUCAAAUCUUGAUACAACGGGACUCGUUUGCGAGGAUAUUAACACUGAACAGGCCUCGACAACUGAACGCUCUCUCCUACGAAAUGAUGUCUCGGCUGUGCCAACUGUUCCACGCCUACGAGGACGACGCCAAUGUCAAGCUGGUCAUUCUCAAAGGCAAAGGAAGAGCAUUCUGCGCCGGCGGCGAUGUGGUGGUGGUGGCUCGUCAUCUUUUCGAAGGCAACUGGAGAUUUGGAGCGCGACAAGGUAAGAGGGUGUAUACCCUAGGCUACUUGAUAGCAAAAAACACUACGCCCCAGGUUUCAUUUCUCAAUGGAAUUGUCAUGGGAGGUGGCGCCGGAGUUUCUAUACACGGCAGGUUUCGUGUAGCAACUGAGAACUCGGUGUUUGCUUUGCCGGAAACAGCUCUGGGAUUGUUUCCCGAUUUGGGUGCUUCUUAUUUUCUGUCAAGGCUUCCUGGAUUCUUUGGAGAAUAUCUUGGUCUUACUGGUGCUAGAUUGGACGGUCCUGAAAUGCUCGCUUGUGGUUUAGCAACUCACUUUGUUCCCUCAGCCAAAUUAGCCUCGUUAGAAGAAGCCCUAGUUGCUUCCACAAAUAUAUCGAGCAGUGAUCUUGUUGAUAAUAUUUCAGCCAUUAUUAAUGAAUACUCACAGCAACCAGCUGUGAAAGAGAAGAGCGUUUGUCACAGAAUAGAUGUUAUUGACAAGUGCUUUUCUAAGAGCACAGUGGAGGAAAUUUUAAGUUCUCUUGAGAAGGAGCUUGCUACAACUGGUAUACAUGAUCGUGAUCACUGGUUGUCUUCAUCGAUUGCAUCCCUGAAAAAGGCGUCACCGAUAAGUUUGAAGAUCACAUUGAGAUCGAUUCGAGAAGGAAGGAUGCAAGGAGUUGGCGAGUGCCUUGUUCGUGAGCAAAGAAUGGUUUGCCAUGUUGUGAGAGGGGAGAUCAGUAAGGACUUUGGGGAGGGUUGUAGAGCGAUAUUGUUGGACAAGGAUAAGAACCCGAAAUGGGAGCCUUCUAAGUUGGAGCAUAUCACUGACGAGAUGGUUGAUCGCUACUUCUCUAAGUUGGAUAGUGAUGAUGAAGAAUUGGAAGAGUUGAAGCUUCCUGAAAGAUCCAAUUUGUAUGGUUCUGCUAUUGCCAAGCUUUAACUGAUGAUCGCUGCUUGCAAUCCAUUCAUCGACUAAUGUGAGUAGAGUAUUUAUCUUGUUUCUACGAGAACCCGACUAUGGAAAUUUGAUUGAUUUCGCUUUCAGAAAG